AUGUAUGACCCUAAAGUGAGUGAUUGUCAUUCCAUACAUACUACCGACAAGUACCAUAACAUUAUGGAUUUCACGACGUUGUAUUAUGCAUCGAUUCUUGGUCUUGGUCGUCUUGACUUUGCAUGUCUAAGGCAAUUGUGUGUUUUUGAUGAUGAGGAUGUUGUUGAUGCACCUGUUGGUGGUGGUGCCUAUGGAGAUUCGAGUGAUGAUGGAACUGGUGGUGGAGCUUUCUCAGGAGGAGGCCAAGGUUCUGAUGGUGUUAGGCCUAGCAAUGUUCAGGCUGGUUGA